CGUGCCUCAAUGACUGCUUGGUUACAAAAUAAGUAGGAAAACAAGAUGGCGCUGCGACAAAGAAAGUUAUUUCUCAAAGGGAUCUAGAAUUUGGACACUUUCUAACCAGAUGGGAACAGCUGCUUCUGCAAAUAGACGAGAUUCGGACUUGAUAAGCCCGAGGGCUGAGGCGCUUACCAAAGCAAACGGGCAGCUGAUGUUAGACUCCCCAGCCUUGAUAGAUUUGGGACAUGGAACAGUUCGUUAUCGUCUCCCAGAUGAAAAGAGAGAACAGGAAAAUAUGAAAGUCAAAACAGGAUAUUUCUAUCACCCUCGACUUGAUGACUUUAGUGAAGAUGCUGAAGUGCGACCUGAGGACAGCUUUAAAUUUCACUAUGUGUUCAAGGGACCAAAGAAGGAUGGUAAAGUAAAACGCUUGUACUAUGUCUAUGGAACAAGCUUGUCAGCUAAAGAUGAAGGAAUCAAGCAGGAACCCCACAGGCCCAUAGGGAAAGGCUACAAUUGGCCAGAAUCGUAUAGGAAAGCUAAUAACUUGUAUUAUGAGUUGACCUUUGCUGAUCAAGGUGAGGAUGAUUUUACAGACUCAGACAGUGUAAUGACAGGUGCAGAUUCUCCAGAACUGAGUGACACUGUUGCUGAUAAAGAUAAAUUGAGAAUUGUUCUCAGUGAAAUGGAAACAGUAGACUCUCUUAAGAUGAGGAUGGCUUUAAGACUGUUGGUACCAGCAGUGAACUUUCAUAUCCUUCACAAUAAAAAAGAGUUAAGACCUGAAGACAUUGUAGGAGAUCUGAGGACACCUGAACAAGGGAACUGGAGGAAAUUUGCUGUUGUUCUAAAUUUAACUUAGUGGCUUCAUUGCAAAUUCAUAUGCAGAUGUACAGUUGUGGAUCAUAACUUCGAUUACGUUGCACCUCAAGCCCAUUGGUUAUUAAGACAACCUUUUGUUUCUCGACAGAGGUCUUUUUUUGCUCUCUAAUCCAAGUGUGAGAAACUGGUUAAUCUUUUGAUGUCUGACUUUGGUUUGACAAGCGAAGAAAGUUUCCAAAGACAAUCUAACUUAAAGAUGUCUACUUUGCUCGUUAUUUUCUCCCAUGCGCGCCAAAGUGUGAUUUGCACUGUGUUAUGCUUCUGGAUAAUCUAUGUUUUUUUGCAUUUGUUGCAUCAUGUCGCAACCUGAUAGUGAAGCAGUGAUGAUGCUUCAGUAAACUGUUUGUCUGAUUGAAAGAACCUGCGCACAAAAAAUCAGUUAGUUUUGGUCACAUGCUGAAAAGACCUACGAGUAAAGAGAUCUGAUAUUUUUUUGUCCUCAAAGGACUUGAACAAGACUGUUUUCCCAAGAAUGUACUCUGCUGACAUCUUGGAAAAACCCUGUCCUGAGAGAGGAUAAGUUUCAGGUACCAGGUAAUAGAAUGUCUCAAACAGUUGACUUGAGGUUAGUCCUUAAUGAUCAGGAAAUACGGUAAAAACCCGCAUACUCAAACAUGUAGAUUAAGAACACCCAGGCUGAAAUUUGGUAAAAAUAUAGAUAAGAGCACAUUCAACCUGAAAAUUGAAAAUUGUUCUUAUAUAUAAAAACUCUUCCCUUUUCAGUUUAUAGAACAGUGUCUGUAGCUUUA